UUCUUUAUUUCUUUAUAUAUAGUUGAAAGGGAGAAAAUAUCUACCUUUCUUUUUAUCUUUUCUAUUGUUUUUAUUUUAUUAUUGUUAUUAUUAUUAUUAUUGUUAUAAUUAUUAUUUAAUUAUUCCAUGAACCAUAUUGUAUCGACUACCACUCACUUGAAUAGCGACGAUAUUAUUUUAUUGCAUGAUGGCUUCAUUACUUUGGACAAGAAAUCAACAAAAUAAGUCUGGCAAUCGAGCACCAAGCAGUCUAUUUUCCAGUAACUUAUCACCUCGUCAAAUAGCCAAUAAAGCCUAUAGUUUAGCCAUCAAAAAGUUAGAUCGGGAUGAUAAACGUAGUCGACCUCAUUAUAAUGUACGUGAAAGGUUAUUACUUUGUAACACUCUCACCAAAGCGGAACAAUUCUUACAAAAACGAACUCCUCGUACCAAUCGGCGUGUAAUGGCUUUUGAAGAAGAUGAUUCAACUUGUUCUUCUGAUGAUAUCAUGACAACACCUCAACAACAUAAUGAUCACAUUGAUUCACCUUUAUCACAUAUGGAUCAAGAUGAUGAUGAUGAUGAUGAAGAUGAUGAUGAUGAUAUAUAUUUGGAUCAUCAACCUACAACACCUGAUACAGAAGACAUUCAAGAUGAAAUGACAAUGGAAAUGGCUUUAUCCAAGGCUUUAUCUCCCAUGGGUUCCAAUGCCUUUGUUAUUCCUCAAGAUGAUGAAGAUUUCCUCCAGUACCCUUCCUCUUUUUUGAUACCCAACAAUAAUAAUAACAAUAACAAUAACAACAUCACUGCAGAUUGCCGUCCUAUCGGUCAUCAAAAUCCUCAUCUUCCUAUUGCAUCUAUUAUUUAGUUAC